ACAAUUUGAGCUUGGAAGCCGAGAGAGACAAGUCCAACUCUUUCAACUUCAAUCUGAAGAAUAUAUAUAUACACACACAUAUGUAUAUAUAAAAUAAAAAAUUUAUGAGCAGAAAAUCAAUAAUCUUUUUCAAUUCUGUUGCUUUUGCUCAACUGGAUUCUUUGAAAUUUGAAUUGGGUAUGAAUCAAAACCGGAACUUCAGCUUGUAAUUCGGGUUAUCUGGUUGGGGGAUUUUUAGAUAUAUACACUUCUUGCUGUUUAUUCGGCUUCCGAGAUUUAGGUGUUUUGAAGCUAUGCAUCUGAGCAACGGCAUGGGAUUGAUGUCAACGGCUAGUUCGAGUGGAACUUGGAAAUCGGGGGAUGUGGUCUCUGACCAGUUUCCCGCGGGACUAAGAGUCCUGGUGGUCGACGAUGAUCCUACUUGCCUUAUGAUCUUGGAGAGGAUGCUCAGAACUUGCCUCUAUGAAGUGACAAAAUGUAAUCGAGCGGAGAGCGCGCUUUCGCUGCUUCGAGAGAACAAGAACGGAUACGAUGUUGUUAUCAGUGAUGUGCACAUGCCAGACAUGGAUGGAUUCAAACUCCUAGAGCAGGUUGGACUGGAGAUGGACCUGCCUGUUAUCAUGAUGUCCGCUGAUGAUGGAAAAAGUGUUGUCAUGAAGGGUGUGACUCAUGGUGCUUGUGAUUAUCUGAUCAAACCAGUUCGCAUUGAGGCGCUGAAGAACAUAUGGCAGCAUGUGGUUCGGAAGAAAAAGAAUGAGCGGAAGGAUGCGGAGCAAUCCGGAAGUGUGGAAGAAGGGGAUCGGCAGCAAAAACCAUCCGAAGAUGCAGAUUACUCGUCCUCGGCAAAUGAAGGGUCUUGGAAGAACUCAAAGAGGAGGAAGGAUGAGGAAGAAGAGACGGAUGAGAGGGAUGAUUCAUCCACAUUAAAGAAGCCGCGGGUUGUUUGGUCAGUCGAACUCCAUCAACAAUUUGUGGGCGCUGUUAAUCAACUAGGCAUUGACAAGGCCGUGCCUAAGAAAAUUCUGGAGUUGAUGAAUGUUCCUGGGCUUACUAGAGAAAAUGUUGCUAGCCAUCUUCAGAAAUACAGGCUGUACCUUAGAAGGUUGAGUGGGGUGUCUCAGCACCAGAAUAAUUUGAGCAACCCUUUCAUGAGUCCUCAAGAAGCGUCUUUUGGAGCAAUGUCAUCACUCAAUGGGCUCGAUCUUCAGACGCUAGCUGUCACAGGUCAACUCCCUGCUCAAAGCCUUGCCACACUCCAAGCAGCCGGACUUGGGAGGUCAACAGGAAAAUCUGGCAUACCUAUGCCCCUUGUUGAUCAAAGGAACUUAUUCAGCUUUGAAAAUCCAAAGCAACAACAUAUGAGCAGUAGCAAACCGAUGAACUUACUUAAUGGAAUUCCAACAACUAUGGAGGCAAAACAGCUUGCCAACUUGCACCAGUCUGCACAAACCCUUGGAGCUGCCAAUAUGCAAGUCAAUGCUCAUGGAGUUCAGAACAGUUCUCUACUUAUGCCGCUACCUCAAUUGCAGCCAAGGGGGCAGAUCUUGAAUGAAUCUUCUGGAAAUCAUGUUCCACGGCAUUCAUCAUCAGUGGGGCAGCCCAUCAUAUCUAAUGGUAUGGGUAAUGGAGUUUUGGGAAGAAAUGGUAUUGUUGAUAGCGGCAGAGGCGUAGGAUAUAAUCCAGUGCAUCAAAACUCCUCAAUGUUGAAUUAUCCCCUAAACAACAGUUCACAACUACCAGGCAACAAUUUUACCCUUGGAAGUACACCGGUAAUGUCCAGCCUUGCGUCUAAAGGAGCAUUUCCUGAAGACGUGACUUCUGACAUAAAAAGAUCUUCUGGAUUUAUGCCAAGUUAUGAUAUGUUUAACGAGUUACAGCAGCCCAAGUCAAAUGAGUGGGACUUGCAGAAUGUGGGCUUGACUUUCGAUGUGUCACAACAUACACACUCCAUACACGGUAGCCUUGAUCCCUCGGUUUUAGUUCAUCAAGGAUUUUCUUCUAGUCAAAGGGGUGGACAAAGCAGGAAUCCAUCUAUUGUUGGAAAAACUAUGUUCUCAGUGGGGGAAGGCAGUCAUUUUGGGAAUAUGCAAAAUACUGGUCACCACCUUAACGGUCGUAUUGUUGACAAUACAGUUAGGAUUAAGGCUGAAACAGUCCCCGAUGCAACUUCUCAUAGCUUCUUUCAUGAACAAUAUGGUCAGGAUGAUCUAAUGAGUGCACUUCUCAAACAGCAGGAUGGACUUGGACCUGCCGAAAAUGAGUUUGACUUUGAUGGGUAUUCCUUGGAUAAUAUUCCUGUGUAGAAUGCGCUUCCUACAUAAUUUGUAUGAUUGCAAUUCUGGUGUAUAUAAUUGCUGCAAUAGAAGUCAUUUCUUCUGCAAUCAGAUGGUGGAUAUUCAAGUUUGUUUCUACUUCAAAGAAAACCGGAGUGCGUGAUUUCACAAAUCAUAUCUUUCGUUGUGAAUAACAUGUUCUGCUGUUUUUAGGAGAUAAAAGAUCAGGAUGAUGGAUCAUUGAGGCAGAUCAAAUGUGCUAAAGAUAUUGGUUAUGCACAACACUGCUGCAUGGUGCGCAAAGGCAUACAUGCAAAUGUUUGAGUGACUAGAAAGAAGCAACGAUUCCAGGGGUGCCGGUGAAACUUGUCCUCGGUUUUAGGCUCCUCUUGAGUAUUCUAGGUAGGUUUUGAUACUUCUUCUAACUCUCAAUAACGCAUGAAGUUUGCCGUUAAUGAAUUUCUUUUUCCCCGUCCUUGGCUCCAUUUUCGUUCUUGUUCAAGGAAUCGACUUUGAUGUACAUAUGUUCCAUUUGGUUACUCAAGACAUAAGUCGGGGGUAUUCUUUCUUGGUUGCAUUUCUUGUACUUGAAUUUCUAGGAAUUCUCCUUCUUGCUUUUUAGCUUUGGUGUUAACCACUUCUUAUAUGUAACAUGUCCUCUGUUCUUAAUAAUCUUUCAGUUUCACUACC